AUGAAACCCUCCAGAGAAUAUUACAAGAAGCAGAAGGUUCAACAGAGAGGAUGCAAGGCCUUGUGUUGCAGCUGCAGGUUUAGUGUUUCUUCCUCGGAGGAAGCCGAGAGCUCAAGUUCCGAUCAGUUCCCGUCGGUUUCAAGCCUCGCGCACGCGAUGGUUCAAGAGAGACUCGAUCAAAUGAUUCGAGAAAGGCAAGAGGCAAGACAUAAAGAGAGAAGAAAGCAAAGAGAUAGUGAAGGGACUAAAUUUAUUGUCAUGGUAGCCAUGGAAAAAUCCUCUAAUGAUCCGAGAGAAGACUUUAGAGCUUCCAUGGUUGAGAUGAUUUUGGCAAACCGGAUUGAAGAAACAAAAGAUCUUCGAAGCCUUUUGAAUUAUUAUAUGUCUAUGAACUCCAAGGAGUAUCAUGUGAUCAUACUUGAGGUCUUUUACGAGGUUUGUUCUAGUUUGUUUUCAUGUUGUAAAUGCCAUUGA